AUGGGUUCAAAGAAGCUUCGAGACAUGUUCCGUGUCUCGCGUAAAUGGGCGCUCGGGUGCUAUUUUAUUAACUUCUUGUUUUUCUUACCAACUAUUUCCGAAGCCAAGACCGUGAAAUACCAGACCUAUGAAGAAGAGAAGCCGGAAACAGUUAUCGGACACCUAGCUGAAGACCUGCAGUUAAGUCCAACACAGGGCGGCCUGACCAGCUUUCGAAUGAUGAAACAAUUCAACACAUCUUUCAUUAAACUGAGAGAAAGCGAUGGACAGCUGACGAUUGGAGAGCAGAUUGACAGAGAACUCAUCUGCAGGAAGUCUCUGCAGUGUCUCAUUGCUUUCGACGUUGUAAGCUUUUCCAAGGAGCAGUUCAAACUAAUCCAUGUUGAGGUGGAAGUAAAAGACAUUAACGACAACUCACCCGAGUUCCCCCAUCUGGAAACCUCACUUGACCUUUCGGAGAGUGCAACGAUAGGUACCCGAAUUCCAUUAGAAGUUGCUGUCGAUGAAGACGUAGGCUCAAACUAUAUUCAGAGCUACCAGAUUUCGGUAAACAGUCAUUUCACUAUCGAGGUCUUGAGCAGAGCAGAUGGAGUUAAAUAUGCCGAGCUAGUUCUAUUGAAAGAACUUGACCGGGAAACCCAGCCAUCACAUGUACUGGAACUUGUAGCCAAAGACGGAGGGAGCCCAUCACGAUCAGGUACCACCAACAUAAAUAUUAAAGUAAAGGACUUCAAUGACAAUAGUCCUGUCUUUGAUCAGAGCUCAUUCUCUGUGGAGCUCAGUGAAGAUGCUCCAGUUGGGUUUCUCUUACUAGACUUAAACGCAGUGGAUGCAGACGAAGGGUUAAAUGGUGAAGUUGUUUAUGGAUUUGGCAAUCAAGUAACAUCAGAAAUCCAACAGCUGUUUAAAGUGGACCGCAAGUCAGGUCUUUUAACACUCGAACACCCAGUCGACUUCGAGACCAAGAAAACAUAUGAACUUGACAUGCAAGCUUACGACUUGGGUCCCAACCCCACCCCUACAAUCUGUAAAAUCAUUAUCCACAUACAAGACGUGAACGACAAUGCUCCUGAAAUUAGUAUUACUCCCAUGACAUCAAUUAGUGCGGGGAUAGCAUACAUCACAGAAGCUGCGGCGAAGGACAGCUUUGUGGCUUUGAUCAGCACCUCGGACAGGGAUUCCGGCGUUAACGGCAAGGUGCACUGUACUCUGUAUGGACACGAUCAUUUUAAAUUGCAGCAAGCUUAUGAAGACAGCUACAUGAUCGUAACCACCACAUCGCUGGACAGAGAAAAGAUAUCUGAAUACAACCUAACUGUGGUUGCUGAAGAUUUGGGUUCACCCCCAUUUAGAACCAUCAAGCAAUACACGAUCAGAGUGAGUGACGAAAAUGACAACGCUCCUCUUUUUAGUAAAACAGUGUAUGAGGUUUCAGUUGUAGAAAACAAUUCUCCCGGUGCCUACAUCACCACCGUAGUAGCAAGGGACCCUGAUCUAGGACACAAUGGCAAAGUAAUGUACAGACUCGUAGACACGGAGAUUAUGGGGUCCCCUGUUUCUACAUUUGUAUCUGUUGACCCAGCAACAGGUUCUAUUUACGCACUAAGAAAUUUGAACUAUGAAGUCGUGAAACAACUUGAACUUCGAAUCCUGGCAAGUGAUGGGGGCUCCCCGCAGCUCCACAGCACCGCUGUCAUCAAUGUGAAAAUCGUAGAUCAGAAUGAUAACGCUCCUUCCAUCAUACACCCGGUUUUAAUAAAUGGGUCGGCCGAGGUACUGGUACCGAGAGAUGCCCCGUCAGGUUACCUGAUAACUAAGAUUAAAGCUAGUGAUGCAGACCAGGGUGUCAACUCCGAACUUACCUACAGAAUCGGGAGAGAACAGCAUGCGGCAUUUUCUAUCAACAAAGUAACUGGUGAAAUCUAUUUAAACCGCGAACUAAGCCAUGAAUAUCGGGAAGUAAUAAAAAUGGCCAUCACUGUGAGUGACAACGGCAGACCAUCACUCUCCUCGACAGCAACUCUUCACUUCACUAUUACAGCAACAGCUCCCCGUACUGGUCAUGUUGUGGUCGCACAGAGCCCCGAAGACACAAAGCUCUUUCACAUGGACAUGUCAGUAAUCGUCAUUAUAGUUUUGGGUGGUAGUUGCACUCUGCUUUUACUUGCCAUCAUCUUAAUUGCAGCAACAUACAAUAGACGCAAGAAGGAGAAGGAAACAACCGGUUUCCAAGGUGAUGUAGACGUGCAGUUUGGUAAUGGGAAAAAAAACUGCGACACGCUCAUCUCCAGCCACAGUGGAAGCGUAUUCGAUAGUCGCCCUUAUUGUAGCAAAUCGUCGUUCUCAAAUUCACAAACUACCGAGAGUGACAUGUGCUCCAGUUCUGAAGAUGGGAGAGAUGCUUCCUGCAUGAAUGAAGCAGAGAACAGGCUGGCAGGUUCCAAUACUGAGUGUUACUCUACUCUUCCUCGUUUCGGCGAGGAGGUUGUGCGGCCGAUUGCGGUCUGGAAAGGCAAUUCUUUCAGCACUAUCUCAGCUCAGGACCCAGGGUUCAGUGGCAAGGACAGCGGGAAGGGAGACAGCGACUUCAAUGAUAGCGACUCGGACAUUAGCGGAGACGGUCAAAAGAAAGUUGUUGUGCCAGGCAACGUGCAAAACGGUCUGUGGGCGUGUACAAGCGAGUGCAAGAUCAUUGGGCACUCAGAUAGGUGCUGGAGCCCCUCCGCAAUGAAAGCCAGUGCGAACAACUCCUCGCAAACGUCACAAAGUCUUUCUUCAUUGACCAAGACAGCUUCGCUUCCACUGGACACUCUGCGAAGAGAAAAUUACUACCAAGCACACUUACCCAAAACAGUGGGACUGCAAAGCGUAUACGAGAAAGUCCUACAUAUAGGCUAUGACUAUGUACUGGUGCCUCCUCCACGACCCGUGAGAAUCCAAGAAAUAAAUGAAACCGCUGUGCCUGUAUACGCACCAGCCACGACAGUGUGCCACGCUAAUAAUGUUUAAUAAUGUUUUUUUGUUUGUUUGUUUAAAAAAUAAAUAAAGUUUAAUUAAUUUAUUAAUUAUUAAAACGUGGAAGUUGCGAUAUAUGCUUUGAGAAAUUGCUAAGCACAUUAUUUAAUUAUCAGUUUUGUUUAAUACCAGCGUAAGUCUUUAUUGAUUGUAUUCAGUCACCUGUAUGACUUUUGUUAAAACAUGCUGUGUAUAUUAUACAAGGUAUUGUACAUAUAGAGUAUAUAUUUUUGUAAGAAAAGAUUGAAACCAUAAGCUGUCAUAUCUGCGGUUUUACUAUUAUGAGAACUUCAAGAUAUCUGAGGUGAUGAUGGGAGGCGGUCUGUUGUAAUCGUUGAGACUGGAAUCUCACAGGGCAGAAUAAACACUAGGACCCGUACAGAGGCACCCAGCCUGCAGUAUACGGGCCGUGACGCGGA